UGAAACUGCUUUAUUUGUUUAGAUUUGCCUAGUAAGAAUCAGCUCAAGCUGUCCAAUUUUAGAUAACUGCAGCUACAUGCCUGAAUGGCUCGUUUUUAAUCUCAGUUCAGCUACCUUCGUAAAUAAACAAAACCAGAAACUCAUUUGUAAUACUAGUUAAACAAAUUUUCCACUAGUCUUUGCAUUGUUAAUUGUUGUCGUUGACUGAAAAUAGCUACAAACAUGCCAACAGGACGUCUAUUGUUAUUAUCAAAUGUUACUCGACCUAGUAAGUCCUAUUUUGGGUGGUGUAAGCCAAUGAUCGACGAUUUCAUCGGUUCAUCAGAAUCUAAAAUUUUAUUCAUCCCGUUUGCUGCUGUUGAUCGUGAUUGGGAUGAAUACAAAACUAUGGUUGAGAUUGGUUUGGGACGAUCCAAGAUUCAAUCAAUCCACGAAGUCCGAAUCGAAGACAUGGUUAAAGCAAUCAACGAGGCUCAAGUAAUUUGUAUUGGAGGUGGUAACACUUUCAGUUUGCUCUAUUAUCUUCAAAAACAUGAUUUAAUCGAGCCAAUACGGAAAAGAGUCACUCAAGAUGGUAUACCUUACAUUGGAUGGUCAGCUGGUUCUAAUGUUGCCUGUCCUGAUAUUGGAACCACAAAUGAUAUGCCCAUUAUUUGGCCUUCUAAUGAUAAAGCCUUAGAUCUCUUCCCCUACAAUAUAAAUCCACAUUUUACUGAGAAAAAUAUUCCAAAUCAUGGAGGAGAAUCAAGGGUUAAAAGAUUAAACCAAGCUUUUAUAAUGAAAAAAAGGUCAAUCAUUGCUCUUCCAGAAGGAACUGGUAUAAGAGUUGAAGGUGAUAAAUUUCAAUUCUUUCGUGCAGAUUUUCCUCCUGAGGAUCUUCCGAUUAUUGUUAAAGUUUGGAGUAAGACUAUUAUCACAGAAAGGUAUGAGAUUGUUGAUAUUCCUAUGGUUAAAUUGCUUUCUGAUUGGAUAGAAUUAUUCUUUUACUCAUGAAUUAUUCAGACAUAUUGAACCUAAAUGUUUGUCUUCAUUGAGCCAAACUACACUGUUACUUUUUUGAAAUGAUAAAGUCUCGUAACCCAGAAACCUAUGAGCUUUAAAAUUCCAAUUAUUUUCAAAAUUUGCUGUAAGAAAUUAUAAUAAAAUCAUAUUUUAAUCAGAGUAUA